AUGGUGUACGCAAAGCAAAAGACCCACUUGAACGAUCAGACCCUCUAUUACACCAUGAAAACACCACCGGGCUUGGGCCCGCCCACCGCUUCGCAGGGGCUCGGCCACUCUCGCUCAAACUCCCAGUCAUACUUCUCCAUCAAACAGACGACAUCCCCCGUGGCUUCUCCGCGAGCGCCUUACUCUGUGGGACAGGCGCAUGCGGCCAGAGCCUCUCCAGGAGCAACCCGAGGUGUCGCAAAGGAGGGGAGAUCACCGAGCCCCAACUAUUUCGGCCUCGCUAUCGACCCCACGGCCGAUCCACGGGAUUCGUCCCAACUGCCCCGCGAGAACUGGAGUUCACCCUCUUCUUCGGUCAAGUCAUUCGCCGCGGCAAUACCUAAGCAACUGCCCUUGGAUGCUAACCCCGAGUUCGAAGCCUUCCGUAGGCAAGUUGAUGCCAACCGCGGGAGGUCAACAUUUAGUCUAUCAUCCUCACACUUCAAUGUUACGACGACUGGAGUCCCACAGCCGAUUCCAUUGGCGUCAACGCCAUCUGCGCUGCAGCGACUGCGCCUUCCAAAACGGCAAGUCCAAGCACCCGAUGGGCCGGAUGUGGCAUUACCGCGACCGUCGCGUCUCGGUGCCACGCCGUACGCAUCUGAGGAUGUUCCUGUCAGCAAGCCUGAUGGUGAUACCGAGAGUGUGCAAGAAGACUCUGCCUACGUCUCUGCCGAUUCCAAGCGCAGCUCGGCUGUGUCGUUCAACCCGCCGUUUCCCAUGGCCAUGGGCAGACAGGAGACGCCACAGUCACCGUUCCCUGGCGCCGAACAUGAGGGAAUCAAGCUUUCCAUGUUCCGACCGGAUGUUGCUGGUAAACUACCAGUGCAAUUGCAGGGUCUAAGCAAAGCAAGACCCUCACCGCCCAGUUCGAGCAAACAAAGCGGGGGCAUCGCGAGUUCUGACACUUCGGAAGCCGAAGGUCCCGCCAUGAUGUCUCCGGCUGGAUUGAAAGAUCUGCUGGAUAAGGACCAAGACGAGAGCAUCUUGCUGCUGGAUCUCAGAGUCUCACCACAGUUUUCGCAGUCGAGGAUACGGGGCGCGCUGAAUUUGUGCAUCCCGACGACGCUGCUGAAGCGGGCGACCUUCAAUCUGCAGAAGCUUCAGCAAACAUUCCAGGCCGACCAGGAUCAGGAAAAGUUUGGAAAUUGGCGCAACACAAAGCAUCUCAUCGCCUACGAUGCCUCGUCGUCCGAGAAGCGCGACGCUCUUUCGGCGAUCAAUAUGAUCAAGAAAUUCACCAACGAAGGGUACUCCGGUUCGACAAGCAUACUUCGCGGUGGCUUCAACGCGUUUGCUGCAGCAUACCCAAGUCUCAUUGACCGUUCAUCUGGUUCCCCGUCGCCGGGUUUGUCACUUGGGGCGGGCUCAAGCUCCGUAUCCAGCAGCGUUCGGCCUAAUGUACCCCCGGUGAUUGGCGGCGUCCUUUUGCCCACUGCGAGCCACAAUCUGAACCCUUUCUUUGCCAACAUUCGCCAGAAUCAGGAUCUGGUUGACGGCGUUGGGCAGAUGGAGAUUGGCAUGCCCUCCGGCCUCGCUCAGGAUAGCUUGCCCCGCUGGCUUCGGGAAGCGGCUGAGACCGCUGACCGAGGCAAACGAGUAUCAGACAAGUUUUUGCGCAUCGAGCUCAUGGAGCAGUCGCGCAUGCGAGAAGCCUAUUCGGCCUUUAAUUCCGCCCGCGAUGUCUCCAGAACCCCACAGGGCGAAGUUAGGGUGCAGCUGUCGGGCAUCGAAAAGGGCGGCAAAAAUAGGUACAAGGAUAUUCUCCCUUUCGAGCAUGCGCGAGUUAGGCUCCUUGGACGCCCCGAGGGUGCCUGUGACUAUGUGAACGCGAGUCACAUACGGGCCAAGCGGAGCCACAAGCGGUACAUCGCCAGCCAAGGGCCCUUGCCGGCUACCUUUGAGGAUUUCUGGUCUGUGGUUUGGGAUCACGACGUCCGCGUUAUCGUCAUGCUGACGGCUGAGUCGGAGGGUGGGCAGUUAAAGUGCCACCCGUACUGGAGGGGCCAAGAUUUUGGACCAAUUAGGCUCCGGGUGCUGUCUGAAAAGAAGGUUUCGCUGGAUAUCAACAAGCGCCGAUCUCCCUCAAACACGAGUUCCACGGGCUCCGGGGGAAACGAUAUGUCGUCCGCGGGUUCGGCACAAAGUCCGUCGGCUGACCCCUCCUCAUUGGAAGGAACUCGCCGGAGGGCAAACACCACAACGACACUCGAUUCGGACACCCAGGGCGUCUCGCAGUUCAGUUUCAACCCACAGUCAACCGAACCGCCGCAUGUUGUCAUCCGCAAGUUCGCACUCAGUCACGCAGCGCACCCGUUUUCCCCGAUACGCGAAAUCACUCAGCUCCAUUACCCGUCAUGGCCAGAUUUUGGCGCGCCCGCCAAACCUAGCCAUCUUCUUGCUCUGGUGGAGCUCGCGAACGUUAUGCAACGCGCCGCGCUGCCAAUUGAUGUACCGGGAACGCUUGCGUCGACGUCGGCCGCCGCCCAACAGAACGGUGAUGCCGCUACCGACGGGAUGGCUGCCCCUCGAGGCCGCCGUCCCCCGGAGAGACCCUCAAGUUGGUUCGAUCAUCCCGAGUCCAACGAGCACGCCAGGCCGAUGCUGGUUCACUGUUCAGCCGGAUGUGGUCGCACGGGCGCGUUUUGCACCGUCGACAGCGUGAUCGACAUGCUCAAGCGCCAGCGGCAACACGUGCUGAACAAGUCCGGCAGCAGCACCAGCGCCAGCACCAGCAGCCGGGUGCCGUGGAGUGUUCGGGACAGAGGCGGAUUGGCUGGUGGAGCCCGGCAGUCGUCGUUUCCGAAUCAGGAUCCAGACGGGGACAUUGCAAUGGAGGACGGGGUGAACGAGGAGGCUGCGGGCCACAACGACGUGGAGGGUAUAGACAUGAGCUGGUUGGACGACGACGGCCUGGAUCUGAUUGCGCAGACGGUGGAGGAUUUCCGCGGGCAGAGACUGAGCAUGGUCCAGAGCCUGCGGCAGUUUGUCCUCUGCUACGAGACGGUUCUCGAGUGGAUCUGGCGCCUCCAGGAAUCGGACGGGCCCAGUGGUGGAGGGCUUGACCCCAGAGGGAGGGGUAGGAGCGGGAGUAUGGCCUUGUGA